AUGGCGGGACAACAAGUGGAUGUAUUAUUCCGUGAGUUCGGUAAUCCGGAGGAUUAUGAGCUCACCGGUGGGAUAUUGUUACCCGUCACUGAGACUAACUUCACCAUCCAUCCUCAAUACACACGAAUGGUUCAAGCGGAGCAAUUCUCGGGUUCACCAAGUGAAGACCCCAUUGAGUACCUUGAUAGGUUCCUCGAACUCUGUGCCAUGAUACAAACCAACCAAGUUUCUCAAGAAUACAUCCGGAUGCACCUAUUUCGGCAAUCUCUUGCGGGGAGAGCAAAGAAGUGGCUCAAGCAAGUCAAACCUAAUUCUCUCACGACAUGGAGGGAAAUUGUGCAAGCAUUCUUGAAGAGAUUCAUCUCCGAGGAGAAAACCGCCGAGAUGAGGAGGAAGAUAGCAUCUUUUGAACAAGAGGCGGAGGAGAGUCUUAGUGAAGCUUGGGAGAGGUUUAAGGAGUUGGUGCAAGCAUGUCCUCACCAUGAGUACAAUCAAAGCUUACUCAUGAGGUUCUUCUAUGAUGGUUUGGAACCGAUGUCCCGAGCUAAUUUGGAUGCGGGAGCGGGUGGAAAAUUGAUCAAAGUCCCUCAAAAUCAAGUUGAAGCGACGAUCGAAGAGGUAGUUAAAAAAUUACUCUUGGGGAGGAAGAAGGAGGAAUGCACCAAAGAAAGGUGGGAAGUAUGA